CCCGUAGAUGUAGCAAUGCUCGACGAUAGUGAAACUGAACUCGUGGCUCCGGCGCUAUGUAACUGUAGCUCCGUCCCCCUGCAGUGCACGCGCGCCCCCACGUUCUCUCCGGCGACGAAAAAUCCUGGAGAUCACGCCUGGCCCAAUCACUCCUCCCCGUUCCGCCCCCUAUCCUCCUGCCCGCGCUCGCCUUGGCCCACCCACCCCCUUAUCCUCUUCCUCGCCACUAAACCGCCAAAUCCGUCUCAGUUCAGCACGCUCGCCCACUCCAACUCUACCACAGCUGCUAUCACCUCACUCACUGGCGAGGGUUCGGCCAUGGAAGAACUCCUGCUGCGCCACGGCCGCCUCUCGAGGCCGGUGGCAACCCGCCGCCUCCGCGUCGUCGCCGUCGCGCUAAGGUCCAGACCGAGCAGCAGCCUCGCCGUCCCUGGGUUUCCGCCCGCGACGGCGCCGGCCCCGGCGCCUGCCCUGGAGCACGUGCUACCGUCGCCGCAUGUGGCCGCAGACGCCGCAGCUGUCCUGCUCGAGGCGGGCGUGCGCCCGGAGGAUCUCCGGCGCGCGGCGGGGAUGUGCCCCGAGCUGAUGUCCGUCCCCGUCGAGACCAUCACGGCCGCGCUGCGGUUCCUGACCGACGAGGCCGGAGUGCCCGCCGAGGAGCUGCCGCGCGUGCUGAGGCGACGCCCACGCCUGCUCGUGUCCUCCGCCGCCGCGCGGCUCCGGCCGACGCUCUACUUCCUCCGGGCGCUUGGCGUGCCCGACCUCCACCGCCGUGCCGACCUGCUCUCCUUCUCCGUGGAGGACAAGCUGCUCCCGCGGAUCGAGUUCCUCGAGUCGCUGGGCCUCCCCUCCCGCGCCGCGCGCUCCAUGGCACGCCGCUUCCCGGCGCUAUUCUACUACGGCAUUGACGGCAACAUGCGGCCCAAGGCUGAGUACCUUCUGGGCGUCAUGGGCCGCGACGCCGACGAGCUCUUCGACUUCCCAGAGUACUUCUCCUACGCGCUCGACACGCGCAUCGCGACGCGCCACGAGGCCUGCGCCGCGCGCGGCGUGAGGAUGCCGCUGCCCGCCAUGCUCCGGCCUGGGGAGCGCAAGUUCGAGGACUGCCUCGCGGGCUGCGUCGGCUCCACGCCGCCACGGCGGCGGUCUCCCCUUUGGCACGCCUAUUGGGUGGAUGGCGACGGCGCCGGCGUCAGCGCGGUGGUAGAGAAGGCCAGACGUGACGACGCGAUCGUGGCAUCAUACCGCCAUGUGCAUUAUUAGUAAUACAAUAGUGGGCGAUCUUGGAUGUUGUAAGCUGUGCAUACAUGUGAUCUGUAAGUAUGAUACCAUCUGGUUGGACUCUCUUGUUAAUCAAUCAAUCAUCAAGGCAUGGCCUUAUAGUUCAAAA